AUGUGUGUUUCGUGCGUGCUUACAACGAUUCUCUACGUUAUUCCAGUAUGCAUGCGUUUCAUUCAGCGCAGCAUUGGUGCGGAUCAGUUCAAUGAGUUCAUGACAGUUUACACACCGAUAAGCUGCAAUCUGAAUCCUGUAGCCGUGAUCACAACGAUAUGUGUGAUGCAGGACGAUAUUCGGCAAGCUGUCUUCUCGUCACUUCCAAAUCGUCUCCAGCUGUUGCUCCAGAGUACUAUGGUUGCAAGAGCAACCAUUUCCAUUUCCGUUUAUCCGCAAUUUCAUCCGACAGUAAUUUACAAAUGCAAUAAGCCUAGCAAUAUGUGA